CGCGCCAAACUCCAAAGCCCGCGGGAGAGCGCGGGCGGCACCGGCUCCAGCACCGCCACCGGGGACCCCCCCAGGGACCCCCCCCAACCCCGGCACCGCCGCCCCGCGCCGGCGCCAUGUGGAUCCAGGUGCGCACCAUGGACGGCACCGAGACCCGCCGCGUGGACUCGCUCUCCAAGCUCACCAAGGUGGAGGAGCUGCGCCUGCGGAUACACGAGGUGUUCGCCGUGGAGCCCCAGCGGCAGCGGCUCUUCUACCGCGGCAAACAGAUGGAAGAUGGUCACUCCCUUUUCGACUACAGCGUGGGACUGAAUGAUAUUGUCCAGCUCCUGGUCAGACAAAGCCCAGCAGUGCUUCCUGCUGGGAGCAAGGAGAAGGAUCCCGAGCUCUCCGACACCGACUCCGGCUGCGGCUCCGGCCAAAGCGACUCGGACAAGAGCUCCCACAACGGGGAGGGAGCCCUGGAACUGGAGGGCCAGCCCAGCACAGCAGCACAGCCCGACUGGAGCCACCCUGUCUUUGGCCUCUAUAAGAUCAACGACUUGGUGGACGCCCGGGACACGGACAUGGGAGCGUGGUUUGAAGCCCAGGUUGUGAAUGUGACCAGGAAAAAACCUCCCAGGGAAGCAGCUGAGAGUUGCACAGAGCCUGCCCGGCCCACGGCCGUGCCUGAGGAGGAUGUGAUCUAUCACGUCAAAUACGACGAUUAUCCAGAGAAUGGAGUGGUGCAGAUGAGCUCCAGUAACGUUCGGGCCCGAGCACGGACUAUUCUGAAGUGGCACCAGCUGGAAGUAGGACAGGUGGUGAUGGUCAACUACAACCCUGAUGAACCAAAAGAGAGGGGCUUUUGGUAUGAUGCUGAGAUCCUGCAGAAAAGGGAAACAAAAAUGACCAGGGAGAUCAAUGCAAGGAUCCUACUCGGGGAAGCUGGUGACUCCUUGAACGACUGCACAAUCAUGUUAGUGGAUGAAAUCUAUAAAAUUGAGGAGCCAGGCACUGCUUCCCCCAUCCCAGCUGGAACACCAAAACGGCAGAGUGGACCUGUGUGUAAAGCCUGCAAGGACAACCCAAACAAGACCUGCAGAGUCUGUGCUUGUCACAUCUGUGGAGGGAAACAAGAUCCAGACAAGCAGCUCAUGUGUGACGAGUGUGACAUGGCUUUCCACAUCUACUGCCUCAACCCUCCCCUCAGCAGCAUCCCAGAUGAUGAGGACUGGUAUUGCCCCGAGUGUCGAAACGACGCCAGUGAGGUGGUUUUAGCAGGAGAGAGAUUAAAAGAAAGCAAAAAGAAACAAAAGAUGGCAUCUGCCAACUCAUCCUCGAGGAGAGACUGGGGCAAGGGCAUGGCGUGUGUCGGGCGCACCAAGGAAUGCACCAUCGUCCCCUCCAACCACUAUGGCCCAAUCCCUGGCAUUCCUGUUGGCACCAUGUGGAAAUUCAGAGUUCAGGUGAGCGAAUCCGGAGUGCACAGGCCCCAUGUUGCAGGGAUCCAUGGCAGAAGCAAUGAUGGGGCCUAUUCCUUGGUCCUGGCAGGAGGCUAUGAAGAUGACAUAGAUCAUGGGAAUUCCUUCACCUACACGGGGAGCGGAGGGCGGGACCUCUCUGGGAACAAACGCACGGCAGAGCAGUCCUGUGACCAAAAACUCACCAACAUGAACAGAGCUCUGGCUCUGAACUGCAGUGCCCCCAUCAACGACAAGCACGGAGCAGAAGCCAAGGACUGGAGGGCUGGGAAGCCCGUCCGGGUGGUCAGGAAUGUCAAGGGAGGCAAACACAGCAAAUACGCCCCUGUGGAAGGGAACAGAUACGAUGGGAUAUACAAGGUGGUGAAAUACUGGCCUGAGACAGGGAAAUCUGGAUUUUUGGUGUGGCGUUACCUGCUCAGGAGGGAUGAUGAAGAACCUGCUCCUUGGACCAAGGAGGGAAAGGACAGGAUGAAAAAGCUUGGCCUAACAAUGCAGUAUCCUGAAGGAUAUUUGGAAGCUGUUGCAAAUAAAGACAAGGAAAAAGAAAAUAGUGGAGAGGACGAGUUCGAUACCCCGGGGAAAGGAAAGAGGAAAAGGAAAUCAGCAGGUGGGGAGGAAAAACCCGUCACCUCUCCAGCAGGGACCCCAAAGAAAACUAAAGUUGAGCCAUACAAGCUGACAGCCCAGCAGAAAUCUCUUAUAAAAAGUGAUGAAGCCAAUGAAAAACUGUGGAAUGAAGUACUAGAGGCUCUCAAAGAUGGACCGAAAUUCCUAAACAAAGUGGAAGAGGCCUUCCUGUGCAUCUGCUGUCAGGAGGUCGUGUUCCGGCCCGUCACGACCGUCUGCCAACACAACGUGUGCAAGGACUGUCUGGACAGAUCCUUCAGGGCUGACGUGUACAGCUGCCCUGCCUGUCGCUACGACCUGGGCAAGACCUACAGCAUGGAGGUGAACGAGGCCCUGCAGGACAUCCUGACCCAGCUCUUCCCCGGCUACGGCAACGGCCGGUGAUUCCCUAAAGCACUUCUCCUUCCCUUGGGUUCACACUUAAACCACGGGCUUAAUUUAAAAAAAAAACAAACAAAAGCAAAACAAACAAACCAGCAAACCUGUAGGCUGUGUUCUCCCAGGCCCCCCCUAAAAAGGUUUGAAGUCUUCCUCGUUUUUUAAAAAAAACUGUAAACUCCCAGGACUGUCCUUUUGUACAUUCGUGGAUUUUCGUUUUUUUGUUCUAAAUGUUGAAGUUUACUUUCUUUUUUUUUUUUGUUUCUUGUGUUUUUUCUCCCCUCAAACCUGCCAUUCAUUCAGCACAGAAUUAUUUGUUCUUAAUGGACUGAAAGUGCUUCCGGUGAGGCUGCUAAUGAUGAGGAAAGUUCUCAGAGUGCCCCCCACGCCCCCCCUUUUAUUUUUAUUUUUUUUUUUUAUUCCAAAAAAUGGCUUGGUUGCUAGAACAAUCUUCACUGUCUGGGGAUUUGGCCAUCAAGGUAGACUCGUGCAUCACCUUGGCAGCAUUUUGAUACUCCAAAUUUGUCCAAGAUGGUUCCUGGCUUUGUACCACAAGUGGGUAUUUGCUAUUUUUUGUUUUUGUAAGAACUGGGGUUUUAUAAGUUUUACAAAAAGCCAUUUCCUGCUAAUUUUAUAUUAUCAAAACCAUAAAGCUGCUUGCUUAGAGCCAAGUAGUUGGAGCAAUAUGAAGUACUACCUCACUGGACUCGUUGUAGGGAAGGAUUUGUUCAGCCAGGCGCUGUCCUCUGUCCCGAAAUGCCAUUGUGGAAUAUCCUAAAGCCAUCCUUAAGUGCCUUUUGUCCUUUGCUGGAAGACUGGGCUCUGAAUCACCAUAUAGAUCUUCCUUUUUUUUGGUUUUUUUUUCAUAAGCACUGAAUUGUUUUUAACUUGCCAGCCAGACCUUUGGUAACGUGGAACACUGUAGCUGUGUGUGAUUAGUGUGGAUUUGCAGAGGAUCAGGUUUCCUAGUGAUAGGUGAAUUAAGGUGUUUUUUUUUUCCUUUGUUUCGCUGCAUUUCAACCUGGAAAUGAAAAAUAACCAAUUCUGGCUUUUUCUAUGAACCAUUUUGUAUUGGACCUGCCACCGAGAAGGCUCACUUUGUAUUUUUCUACCGUUACAAAAGUUUGCAGUUCGAUACCUCAACGAGACAGGGAUGUUUUUAAUCACACUUUACUGCAGACAGACUGGAACAAAUGUGCCUAUUUUUUGUUUUCUUAACUCUUACCCUUUGGAAAACUAUUAUGUUAAUAUGUUAGGGAAAAGAAACCCCACCCCACAGCAUUUUAUAGAUUUUUGUUGUUGUUGUUGUUGAAUUUGUCAAAUUUUUGUACAAUGUGCAAGCUGAAGUUCUCAAAAUAAAUAACUUUUCAAAUUAAA